AUGACAGUUGAUCCAUUUCUGUAUGAAUUUUGUUUUUCUAUUACUCUUGAUUACUUUACUGGGUUUUACUUGAAAUUGGUUUUCUUCUUGAUUCGAUUGUACCUAUACUCUGUUGUUUUUUCUUGCAGUUCUGAAAUGUCGCUUUUUGCUAAAAGCGAUUUGAUUGAAAUUCGAGACGUGUGGAGUGACAAUCUUGAAAAAGAGUUGACUACUAUUGGUGACAUAGUCGACCGCUUUCCAUACAUUGCAAUGGACACCGAGUUUCCAGGCAUAGUUCUUGAACCAGUUGGCUGCAAUGAUUUGACUUUUAAGUACCAACACAUGAAGGUCAAUAUAGAUAUCUUGAAAUUGAUUCAGAUUGGGUUUACAUUUUUUGACGAGCAGGGCAAUUUACCCCCCCGUGGAAUCGACAAUAAAUACUGCAUUUGGCAAUUCAAUUUCCGGGAAUUCAACCCUGCUGAGGAUGUCUAUUUCUCUGACUCUAUUGAGCUCUUGCGUGGUAGUGGGAUUGAUUUCAAGACGAAUAAUGAAAAGGGUAUUCAUGUUAGUCAAUUCUCGCAGCUCUUGACAACGUCAGGGGCUGUUUUGAAUAAUAAAAUGACUUGGGUGGGUUUCCAUUCUGCCAAUGAUUUUGGGUUCUUGGUUAAGCUCUUGUCUGGGAAGAAUAUGCCUGAUACCCAAACAGAGUUCUUUGAAUUGAUUAAUACAUAUUUUCCAGUCAUUUAUGACAUCAAGCAUAUCAUAAGGUACCGUAAUGACCUUCAUGGUGGAUUGAGCAAGCUCGCGGAGUCGUUGGGAAUUGAGAGGGUUGGAGUUAGUCAUCAAGCGGGUUCGGAUAGUUUGGUCACAGCUGGUAUAUUCAAGAAGUUGAAAGAUUCCUACUUCACUGAAUCACAUUCACUGGAUAAGUAUGCUGGUGUCUUGUAUGGUCUCGAAGUUAGGGACUGA